AGCUCAGACACACUCAGUUUGAUCAUGAUCCUUCUCGUGCUGCUUCUUGCCGCCGCUGGUGGCCAUGCACACAGCGUUCAAGGUCAGGAGAGAAAUGGCUCAUGUGUGUGUGAGGUGAACAGCACGGUCUGGGUUUUUCCUGUUUCCAAGUAUGAUGCUGUGUCACAACUGAUACAAAACUGCCAAGACUCACUGGAAAAACUCCAAACACAGACGGGGAUGGGUGAGGAGACGGUUCCUGACAUGGAGGCCACACUGAAUAAUGUGACCCAGCGGCUGGAAAGGUUCCAGUACCUGAACACUCAGGGCCUGUACAACGCUCUACACCUGAAGCAGCUCAGCCAAGAGAUCCAGCACCUACAGGACACCAUGGAUGAUGAAGCUUUCGACAAAGAUGGAGAGGAGGCACAGCAGAUACAUACAGAGUUGCAGAAGUUUCAGGAAGAUGUGGAUCAGAUGUACAAUAAAAACGUCUUCAACUUAGAAACAAUGAGGGAGAAACUGCGGUCCCUCAAUAAUCGCAUCCAGAACUGCAGGACCCUCCCACAAAGCUUCAGGAGCUCUUGUUCUGAAUGUAUGAUGACAAAUAUCAGUGCGCCAGUGGUCACUAAGUUGAACCCUUUCAGUACGUCCUACAUCGCUGGAGCGUGGGGUCAUGACACUGAUGCUGAUGGUGUAGAGUCUUAUUGGAUCCAGCAUCUAGCUAGUGGCCACAGGUUGGGGAUCACUGUGCGCUUCUAUCAGACUUAUGAAGACUUGAUGGCUGCAAGGAACCACAGAGAUGAAUCACUGACGGGAUCAUACACUGAUGCUAAUGCGAUUCAGGGUCCAGGGACCAUCUUUCACAAGGGUGUUGUGUAUUAUCAGUGCUAUAACGUGCCAGAACUCUGUGCCUAUGAUGUGAAAACCAAGAAAGUCCGGCGUCUUAAGCUUCCUGGUGCUGGAUUCAAUAACAAAUUUCCCUACUGCUAUUACAGCUGCCUCGAUUGGACGGACAUCAACCUCUCAGUUGAUGAUAAGGGCUUGUGGGUAAUGUACGCCAUGGAAGCUAACCAUGGGAACAUGGUGAUAAGUCUAGUGGACACUGAAAACUUCAACGUGACACACACGUGGAAGACUCGCCUGUUCAAGCGCUCGGUAACCAACGCCUUCAUGGUGUGUGGGGUGCUUUAUGCAACUCGCUUCAUAAACACUUACAAAGAGGAAGUGUUCUAUGCCUUCGACACGACCACAGGGAUGGAGGACAACAUGCUCUCCAUCCCUAUGGAGAAGGUGGCAGCCAGCGUCGCCAACCUUCACUACAACCCCACAGACAUGAGGCUCUACAUGUACAACGGUGGCUACAUGCUCGCCUACCAAGUUUACUUCUGAAGUUAUAUUAGAACAUGCAAUAAAUUCACUGUAUGAUCAUCAUAACCACAUGAUUUUCAGUAUAGCAUUUGACUGAAACUUCAUUUAAUACCAUAAAACACUGGAAUAGCAGUGAAAGUGUUCUGAGUUCUUUCUGCUUUUUUAGUUAAAUCUCUUUGAUAGUAGGAGAGCCAUUUUUUCUCAUUUGCACCUCUAAAGACAAGAGAAAAAUCUAGAAUGUUGCAUAUCAUGCGCUAUUGUUUACACCUUACGUAUGCUCAGAAUAUGCUUUAAAAAUAUCGCUUUAUUAAAAAAGUCUGUAAAUCUGUAUUUCAACUUAUGAUAUAAAUAAUAAAAUUGCUGAAUGU